UGAGAAUUAGACAGAGACUGGUAAGAACAAAAAAGAUAAAUUAAGGUAUAACUUGAUAAAAAAUGUUAAAGAGGUGGACGUGCCGGAGUGGUUAUCGGGCAUGACUAGAAAUCAUGUGGGCUCUGCCCGCGCAGGUUCGAAUCCUGCCGUUCACGUUUUUUCAUUGCAAUGUUGUUUUUGUUGUUUUUACAUCCAAUUGCAAUGUAUCUUCACUUUUCCUCCCAAUCCCAUGAAUGACGAAACCAAACAUGAAUACAACAGCAUUAGCCAUGAUCAAGCAAUGCAGAAACAUAAGACAACUCCAGCAAGUCCACGCCUACACCAUCACCACCGGAGCAUUGCCCCUAAACCCCGUAACCAUCCUCAACAACAUCCUCGUCACGCUCACAAACUUAAUCGCCAACGCCAACACUUGUUCCCAUUCCAUUUCUUCGUUAACCUACGCACUCUCCCUUUUCCACUCCAUCGCAAACCCCAACACAUUCUCUUACAACAACCUUAUCAGAAUCCACACCCUCCUCUCCUCCCCUUCCUCCGCCCUCUACAACUUCAUCACCCUCCGCCGCCUCUCCCUCGCCCCUGACUUCCACACCUUCCCUUUUGCGUUCAAGGCAUGUUCCCUCCUCCCUUCUUCUUCUUCCAUCUCCAUCGCCCUCUCGCUACACUCCCAGGCCUUCAAAUUCGGCUUUCUUGCCAAUCCUUUCUCCCUCAACGCCCUCAUAUGCGUUUACUCCCUCCAUCGCCGCGUCCACGAUGCCCACAAGCUGUUCAACGAGAGUUCUCACAGGGAUGUUGUCUCUUAUAAUGCCAUGGUUCAUGGGUUCGUUAAAAUUGGUGAGACUACGCGCGCGCGGGAACUGUUUGACGAAAUGCCAGAACGAGAUUCUGUUUCUUGGGGCACCAUGAUUGCCGGUUAUAGCAACGCGAAGCUGUGUUAUGAAGCCAUUGAUUUGUUUAAUGAGAUGAUUGGAUUGGGGAUUAGGCCAGAUAAUAUAGCUCUGGUAAAUGUUCUCUCGGCUUGUGCUCAAACGGGAGAGUUGGAACAGGGUAGGAUAGUGCAUGAUUACAUUACAAGGAAUGGGAUUCGGAUUGAUUCGUAUCUGGCCACUGGGUUGGUGGACCUGUAUGCAAAGUGUGGCUGUCUUGAGAAGGCAAGGGAUGCGUUCGAGUCAUGCAAUGAUAAAGAUGUGUUCACGUGGAAUGCCAUGCUUAUUGGGCUUGCAAUUCAUGGUAAAGGUUUAACUUUGCUGGAUUAUUUCUCUAGGAUGAUUGCUGCAGGAGUUAAGCCUGAUGGGAUCACCUUCCUGGGUGUUUUGGUGGGGUGCAGCCAUGCAGGUCUGGUUGAUGAAGCAAGAAAGCUUUUCAAUGACAUGGAAAGUGUGUAUGGGGUUGGUAGAGAGCACAAGCAUUAUGGGUGCAUGGCUGAUAUGUUGGGGAGAGCAGGGUUGCUUGAAGAGGCUGUUGAGAUGAUAAAAGGGAUGCCAAGUGGUGGAGAUGUGUUUGCGUGGGGUGGGUUGCUGGGUGGGUGUAGGAUCCAUGGAAACGUUGAGGUUGCAAAAAAAGCAGCACAGCAAAUCAUGAAGAUAAAGCCUGAGGAUGGCGGGGUUUAUUCUGUAAUGGCUAAUAUUUAUGCUCAUACAGAGCAAUGGGAUGAUUUAGCUAAAAUUAGGCGAUCAUUCGGUGCCAACAGGAGGGCCAAGAAGAUUAAUGGCCUCAGUUCAGUCAGAUUGGAUGACGUAAACUAGAACACUCAACACUGACAUCAAAGGAGUGCAUGAAUAAGGCACACUCUCUGGUCUUCCGCAUUUCUGAACUUUUCCGUUUCGUAUAGCUUUGCACACAGAACGAAAACAAAACGAAGAGAAAUGCAGAUUAGAAAGGGAUGAAGCCAAUAGAGUUUUGGAUUGGGGGAGAUGCUGGGAGGGGAAGCUAAUCGCCUUCUUGAACGACCAUGGGAGAAGGUGGGAACCGUAGUAAAGGGAACGCAUCAGGGUUUUGAAAUGAGACGAGGUUGUUGGAAGUCUGCUGCUGGGAGCCAGGGGCCGACUCUCGGUACAUUUCCGCCGCCGGUGACCGAAUAUUCGCUGGAAAAUAGAAGCGAUGUGGUGAUACUGGGAUAAACUGAUAAUGCUACCUUACCCGAGAAAGAAAAAAA